AUUAGAAUGCGACUCAAUGGAUACGGCUUGACUGUCAAGUGUACGAAUAUUCAGGCAAACACUUGCUACGAAUGCGCUCGGCAGCGUUUUGAGGGAACGUGCGAUGUUGUGUCCGACGACGAGGGCCUGGACAUCACGCGUAGACCGUAUCGAACUUCCACGAAGGGCGCCGGGCAGAAUAUGAACUCAGAGUCUCUAUGGCAGCGUUGUAUAUUACUAUGAUGAAAGAUGCCAAUUCUUAAGGAGCAGUGUUUCUGUUGAAGUGGUUCUGGCUCAAGAGGCCUCCUAAAGCACAAUGAGGGCCAUUGUAUCAUUCAUACUGAUCACACUGCUAUGUGGCAUAAGCAUAGCCUCUGUCAAUACCGUUGUAUGUGCCAGUAGAAAGAAGAAUGUUGAAAAUUUAUCCUUGAAACAGAACUCAGCAGCUGUACCUGAAGAUAUAUCCAUUGAUCAUAAUGUAUAUGAAGAUAUCGGAUUUGAGAUAUGUAAUAAUUUCUGUCAUGCCUUAUGGCAAGAAGAUAAAACUGUAAAUGGCACUGAAAUUACAAUAUUGUCUCAAGGUUGUUGGAAACAGUCUGGUGAACAGAAAUGUCAAAAUACAGAAUGCGUUGCACUUCAGAGAUCCACAAAAGCUUUGAACAAUACGAAAUUUUGUUGCUGUCAUGGGAAUUAUUGUAAUCUUAACAUUACCAGUUCCAAUCUUGACUAUCCAGACAAAAUAUUCAGUCCUCCUUCGCAAAAGUAUCGACCAACUACAGAAUAUCUGGAACAGUCAAACUCCGAACAACGGGUGUUAAUUAUAGCGAGCGUUAUUAUAUGUCCACUACUAGUGAUAUUUGUUAUAGUCAUAGUUCUAUACAAAAUAUAUCGCAGCAAAAUUUUAGCAAGUUUAGGAAAGCCGUUAUCUUAUAAUGAUCAGUUUAUGGACAGUACAGCGUUAAGAACUGGUACUUAUACAGUCGAUCACUUGAAACUUGCGACUAUCGUAGGUCAAGGAAGAUAUGGCUCAGUUUGGCAGGGCAGUAUGGGAGACCAAGAUGUCGCAGUUAAAAUAUAUCCCUCGCAUUAUCGUAAUUAUUUUCAAAAUGAAAGAGAUACUUACUGCUUGCCUUUUAUGGAGCAUCCAUCAUUGUUAAGCUAUUAUGGUGUGGAUGAGAGAAUAAGCAUGGAAUGCAGCGUUGAAUACCUUCUGGUAUUGAGUUUCGCUCCAGGUGGUACUUUAACAGAUUUCUUACGAACACACACCAUUGACUGGAGCACAUUCUGUAAAAUGAGUCUUUCCAUAGUUAAGGGACUUGCUUACUUGCACACAGAUAUACGCAAAGGCGAUAAGUUUAAGCCGUGCAUCGCACAUAGAGAUAUAAAUUCAAGGAAUAUAUUAAUCAAAGCUGAUGGUACUUGCUGUAUUUGCGAUUUGGGAUUAGCAGUUCAGAUUUCUGGCUCGAAAUAUUAUUCUAACGGAGAGGAGCAGCAUGCUGAACUAAAAUCAAUCAAUGACGUGGGCACUCUGCGAUACAUGGCGCCAGAAGUGUUGGAAGGCGCUGUUAAUUUGCGCGAUUGUGAAAGUUCUUUGAAACAAAUAGACGUUUAUGCAAUGGGAUUGGUCCUCUGGGAAUUGGUCACGAGAUGUUCUGACAUUUAUAUUCCUGGAUCGGAAGUACCACAAUAUAAACAGCCGUACGAGAAUGAAAUAGGACUUCAUCCGACGUUCGAACAGAUGCAGGUCUUGGUAUCGCGCAACAAAGCUAGACCUCUCUUAGAGGGUAAUUUAGUAGAUAGACCAGGAGUGCGUUUGAUCAGAGAGACUAUGGAAGAUUGCUGGGAUGCCGAUGCCGAAGCGCGUUUAACCGCUUUAUGUAUAGAGGAACGUCUUUCAGAAUUACAGUCUCAUCGUGUGACAAUGCACUUUAUCGAUGGAAGUCCGAUGGUUAAUUCCCAUUGCACCUUAGUGCCUUCAACGACGAACAGUCUUUAUAGCGAAUCGUCGCAUCACGACAAUGUACAUGUUGUACAACUCGCAUUGAAUAUGAUACAAGAUGGUAACGCUAAUGAAAAUGCGAUAGCUGAAAACUUGGUUACAUUAUCGCCGUCUGACAGUGUCGUUCAUGAACACAGUUUCAAAAAUUCCAACGAGAUAGCAACGUAUAAUCACACUCAGACGCUGCAGCCGUAUCAGGGCAGGAAUCCGUGUAUGGAGAGAAACUUGAUGUUGCAAUCGGAUUCCUUGGAGGAUCUAAGCUGCAACGGUAACGUUCUCGUUGACAAAUCGCUGAAGCACGCGUGCAACGAUCAGUAUAGGACCGCCACGGAGGCGCAAGGUCUGGUCUCGCAUGAUUACUUAAGUCAGCACACAACGCAAUUAACGCAGCUCAGGCCGGCGACGCCUAUACCGUACGUGCAGAACGUCAUCUCCGACGAAGGGACACCUUCGUACGGCAAACGAAAGCAGACGAACAUACAGGACUCGUCGCUUCAAGAGAGCCCGCGGAAGAAAUUGUUCGCCUGGCCCAACUUGAAGAAGUUGCUCAUCAACAAGAAGAUGUAUCCGUACAGCAGAUACCAAAUAGACCGGGAGGACUCCAAAUCGAAUCUGUUAACGAAGCAAAACAUCCAGAUUAAAACCGUCGAAACGAACGUGACGAUCUCGCCGGGAGGCAAGUACGUGAACGGUAUCAUCGGCAAGACCUCCACCUCGGCCGUGCCAGUGGAGAAGAACGACAAGAAUGCCGCGCAGACGGGCAAACAGAAGCAAUACGAGAACGACAACGCGACAUCGAACGUGCGUCCCUCCACCUUGCCGCUCGUGAGCUUGAGAAAUAAAAAGCGAGAGAACAAUCUCAGCAGGCAGCAGAGCAUCGACAAGUUCAACGAGGUAUUCAACGUUGGCUCGAACGUGAACAACGUGCUGAAGGAUCCGCAUAUGAGAAUAAAAACGCCUGGCGAUCUGCCGCCGUCAGUCAGGAAGAUACGCGGUCGUGCACAGUCAACGGCGAGAUUUUCUCUGUAUGACGAUCGUAUGAUGUGCAAUAUCCUUAAUGAGGAGGACGAUCGUAACGACAAGGCCAUUUGGAAUUCUGUGCCAUUCGGUAUGGAUUUCGGUGAUAACGACGGGAAGCAUUCACCAACGAAACUCGGUACCAAAAAUGUUACGUGCUUUUAAUCAGAUAUAAUACUAUAACGUGUUUGUAAAGUCCUUUAUGUCUGUAUAAUUUAGUCAGGAGGAGAGAAAAACCGGCUGUAGAAUAUCUUCAGCUUAAAUUUUUUAUGUACAGAACACUUGUGUAUAAGAAUAAGUAAGGAUUUUGUACUCAAUGCAAAUAUACAUUAUUGCCACACUACGGAUGAGAUAACAAUGAAAUAGAGAAGAAAAAACAGAGAUAAAACGGAGUAUACUAAAAAAAAAGAGAGGGUGAGAAAACGGUCGAUAUUCUGAGGAUAAACUGUACGGGACAUGUAAUAACUCAUGAUACACGAUUGAUUUGUCAGGUUAUAUUUAAUAACAUUUGUGCAUCACGAAUGCUUUUGAUAAAGUAAACGAUUGAGUAUGAUUAGCGCACGUAACGAUUUUAGAUAGAAAAUAGAAAAUCAAAUCUCGACUUUCAAUCCAUACGCACUGGACCGCAAGAGAUGGAUUCAUUCAUCGUUACUCUACUUUUUCAUCUCAUCUAUGUGUUACAUGUGAAUCGUCUUCUUUGUAGUCGAUGUUUCUUUCAAUUUGAUAUCUAUAGCGUUUAGUGGAUUCAGUAUAAUUGACAAACAUGGACAAUCAAUGUUAACAUUUACACCACGUCGUGAAAAUACUGUUAACAAUCUCGAUGUGUAUAUUCGUCUUUUACUUUCUUCACAGCAUUUAAAAAACAUAAUCUCUAUAUGUAAUGUAAAACAACAAAUCUCUCUUAAUGUUAAAAUUUAUAGAAUAUUCUCAAUUUGAUAUUAUUAGCUCAAAGAACUGUACAAGCUGGCGACGAACUAUACAUUCAAUCUUUUUAUUAUUAAUUUUAUACAUUCUCAAAUUUUACUCUUCCUGUAUAUAUUUACUUCUUAUGUGAAGUAUAAUUUAAGUUUUUAAACGAAUUUUGCAACAUUUUUGUUUAUCAAUAUGCAACGAUAUUUAUCAGAUAUACGACUCUAUAAUUAAUACAAAGCCAUUAUUAAUAUAGACGCGAUUGUAAUUAUAAGAUAGAGAUAGUAAAAAGUUAUAUUUGAGCACAAAGUAUAAUUGUAUCGAGUUAUAUGAAAAUGAUUUUUCCUGACCCUGCGAGCUCAGUGUAAAUAUAUGUGUACUGUAAAAAGAACUUAUUCAAAUGCGUUAAACAUGCUUGUUAUGUUAUGUUGGAAGUAUCGUAAGUUCUUAUGUUAUACAGUUUGCGAUACUUUAUCGUGCAACAUGUUAUAGAUAAAAUUAAGAUAAAUAUGAUCAUGCAACUUAUAAUAAAAUUUGUUUUCCGUCGAAACUUUUCGUCCCUUUAUUUAAAGUUAAGUAAUUAAAUAUUAUAGAAAAGGACUUGCGUAAUGAAUUGAAAUUCUCCUGGCCGUAUUUUUU